GGUAAUGCAGCGGAGACUAACAGACACGCGUGAAUACGGGAGCGAAAGUAAAUGUAGAGUAGUGCUGUGGAUUUCAGUAGUUACAAUGUAUCUUGUCCUGUAGAACGAUUACAGUUACGAUGUGUCGAUAUCGUUGAUUUACUUGCGCAAUGCUAUGAUCGCGUUUUGUUUCGCUCGCGUAGGGAGAACGAGAAUGAAGCGUAGCGUUCUACACCCCUCUAUUCGCUUCACAGGGAAAUGGUAGCGUAUGAACCGCACUGGAAGGACCAUGGUUGAGAGGAGCAGCAAAUUUUUGUUGAUCGUUGUAAGCUCUGUAUGUUUUAUGCUGAUUCUUUAUCAGUACGUUGCUCCGGGGGUGAUUAAUUUUGGCUCCCCGCACGGUUAUUUCACGGAGGAAGACGAGGGGGACAUCUUCCCGACCCCGGACCCUCACUACGUAAAGAAAUACUAUUUUCCCGUUCGGGACUUGGAGCGAACGGUUGAUUUCGAAAUCAAAGGGGAGGACGUGAUAGUGUUUUUACACAUACAGAAAACUGGGGGAACCACAUUUGGAAGGCACCUAGUCCAGAAUGUUCGUCUUGAGGUUCCCUGCGACUGCAGACCGGGUCAGAAAAAGUGUACCUGUUACCGGCCCAACCGUAAAGAGACCUGGCUCUUCUCUCGAUUCUCCACGGGCUGGAGUUGUGGCUUGCACGCGGACUGGACAGAGCUAACAAACUGUGUACCAGGGGUUCUCAACAAGAAGGAAAACAAGCUAAAAAAUCUAAGGUAACUGGACAUCUUUCAUGCGGCCAGGGGCUUAAUCUUGCCCAGUUGCCUACUUUACUUUGUAAAGGUUAUAAAGAAAAAAACUCCCCCAAUCACACUCACUUAACACGUAUAGAUUCAUUUUAGUAUACACUUUGUGGGGUGCCUAGAUUGUUGCUUUUUAUUCAGAGAGGGUUGAAGUUGAUGCAUAUUUGUGAAGACUGGGGGAGGGCUUGUGGCUAAAUGGAACAAUAGUUUUAGUUGAAAAUUGAUUCUUAAGAAAGGCUGUCUCAUAUUCAGCCCUUGAUGGCUCACUCUUAGAAGGGGUGGCUUCUAUUCUCAUUAAAACAACACUGCACUUAACAGACAGC